CUAACCAAGAACCUCACAGUAAUGGAGGUGAUUAGGAGUUUGAUAUUUUUGCUGUCUUUUCAGCUCCUGCAUGUGGUGAAAGGUUCAAUGGUAAGGUUAAAUGAGAAUGGCUAUGAGGAUUUGGUUGUUGCAAUUAAUCCCCACGUGCCAGAAGAUCCCAACAUCAUCCUGAACAUGAUGAACAUGAUUAAAAAUGCUUCUAAUUACUUGUUUGAAAUGACAAAACAUCGAUUUUUCUUCAAGUCUGUAAAAAUUAUAAUACCUAAAACAUGGAAGAAAAACACCACCUAUUCAAGAUUAAAAACAGAAUCAUAUGAUAAGGCAGAUGUCAUCAUAGCAGACCAUUAUAUAAAACAUGUAGAUGAUCCUUACACCUUGCAGUAUAGAGGAUGUAAGGAGAAAGGACAAUACAUCCAUUUCACACCUAACUUCCUGUUAAAUGACAAUUUGACUAAAGUUUAUGGAGAAAAAGGUCACGUUUUUGUCCAUGAAUGGGCUCACUUACGGUGGGGGGUGUUCGAUGAAUAUAGUAAUGACGUGCCUUUUUAUGUGUCUAGAAAUUCUAAAAAAGCAAGUGUUGAAGCAACAAGCUGUCCAGCUGGUGUGACUGGUAGACCUAUUUUUGUAGAAUACAAUGGAGACAAGUAUGAGUCAAGACCCUGUAGAUACGAUGGUCAGCUGUAUGAAAAAGGAUGUGUAUUUAUUCCAUAUAUACGACAAAAUAUCUCACAUUCUGUUAUGUGGAUGCAAAACAUACCUUCUAUUGAAUUUUGUGAUAAAAACACUCACAAUAGUGAGGCUCCAAAUAUGCAGAAUAAGAUAUGCAACUACAAAAGCACGUGGGAAGUAAUUAUGGAAUCUGACGACUUUCGCAACUCGGCUGUUGUAAAUGCUUCUGCACCCCCCUCUGAGACUACCUUCACGCAACUGCAGACCCAAGACAGAGCGGUCGCUUUAGUACUGGAUGUUUCUGCGAGCAUGUCAGAGAGUGACCGCAUCGGACAUCUCCGUAGUGCUGCAGAGGAUUUUCUGCUCCGUGUUAUUGAAAUCGGUUCCUGGGCUGGAAUUGUCACAUUUAGCUCUGACGCAUCUGAAAAAGCUCCUUUGCAACAAAUAACCAAUGAUGCAGCACGCGAAAAACUUGUUCUGUGUUUGCCUACAGUUGCUAGGGGAAAAACCAAUAUCUGUGCGGGCAUACGUAAAGGACUUAAGUUAAUUGCAGAUAAAAUGACUACUACAUAUGGUUCAGAAAUUGUGUUACUGACAGAUGGAGAGGACAGACAUAUGGCAGCUUGCCUUGAUUUGGUGAAAAAAAGUGGGGCAAAAAUUCACACUAUUGCACUGGGGCCAGACGCAGCCAAAGAAUUAGAAGAAUUUUCAAAACUAACAGGAGGUUUAAUGCUUUCUGCUACAGAUGGAGCCACUCCCAGUAAAUUAUCCAGGAUAUUCGGUGUAAUUACCUCAGGAAGUGGAGAUAUUUCUGAACAAUCUAUUCAGCUUGAAAACAAAGAGCUAGUUGUUCAGCGUUCUGGAUGGAUGAAUGCUACUGUGCCUGUUGACAGAACUGUGGGAAAUGACACUUUCUUCAGCAUUUCAUGGAGUCAAUCUCAACCAUUUUUUUUCCUGAGGGACCCCAAAGGAAAAGAAUACGGAAGCUCAGACUUUACAAUCAAUAAUUCAAACCGAAAGACAGCUAGACUCAGUAUAAGUGGCACUGCAGAGGUGGGUGACUGGCAGUUUUGUAUUAAAAAUGUUCAUACGGCAACUCAAGGUAUAUCAGUAACAGUUACCUCUCGACCAGCAUCUUCUGAUGUUCCUCCUGUGAGGACUGCAGUUCACAUGAGCAGGGCAAACGGAGCAUUUAAUCCAGUUGUUGUUUAUGCAGAGGUUAGCCAAGGGUUUUUGCCUGUUCUUGGUGCAACUGUGAUAGCCACCAUAGAGACGGACAGUGCUGCAGCAGUAACCCUUGAACUUCUUGAUAAUGGAGCAGGUGCUGACACGAUAAAGGACGAUGGAAUUUACUCAAGAUACUUUACUUCUUUACAAGGCACUGGAAGAUACAGUGUAAAAGUGCAUGCCCAUGGGAAAAAUAUAACCACCAGACUUGGCUCCAGGCAAAAUCGAGCCUUGUAUUUACCAGGCUACAAAGAAAAUGGUAAAAUUUGUAUAAAUGCACCAAGACCUAAAUUUACUGAUAAAGAAGCCCAAGCCACGCUGGGAAGUUUCAGCAGAAUUUCAACAAGUUCCCUUGUAGUGAAUACAAGAGAAGAUUCUGCUCCUGUUUAUCCACCCUGUAAAAUUACAGACCUUCAUGCUCGUAUAGAAAACAACACAAUAGUCUUGUCUUGGACAGCUCCAGGAGGUGACUUUGACAAUGGAAAAGCUGAUCGCUACAUAAUAAAAAGCAGUGAAAAUCUUCUGGACCUGAGAAAUCAUUUUGAUCGUGCUACUUCUGUGAAUUGCUCUAAUCUCAUACCUAAGGAGGCUGGUAGAGAAGAAUCAUUUAAAAUUAAAACAGACAAUUUUGUAAUAGAAAUUGACACCAUAAUCUACUUCGCUAUACGUGCUGUUGAUCAUACCAAGUUGAUUUCAGAGGUGUCUAAUAUAGCACAAGUCACGUGGUUCAUUCCUCCAAAAGCAUCUGUGCCUUUAAAUUAUGACAGCAACAAUGAUAGCACUAACAGUACAGUAACACCAGUGCCUUUAAAUUAUGAAGGCAACAAUGAUAGCACUAACAGUACAGUAACAGCAGUGCGUUUAAAUUAUGACAGCAACAAUUAUAGUGCUAACAGUACAGUAACAGCAGUGCCUUUAAAUUAUGACGGCAACAAUGAUAGCACUAACAGUACAGUAACAGCAGUGCCUUUAAAUUAUGACAGCAACAAUGAUAGCGCUAACCGUACAGUAACAGCAGUGCCUUUAAAUUAUGAUGGCAACAAUGAUAGCGCUAACAGUACAGUAACAGCAGUGCCUUUAAAUUAUGACGGCAACAAUGAUAGCGCUAACAGUACAGUAACAGUGUCAAUAGCAGCUCUGUGUGUAGCAGUUGUCUGUACUAUUGUAAUUUCAACUCUGUAUGCUUUACAAAAACAAAAGGGAAGACUGGAUAUUGAAACAAUGCAAAAGCUUGUGUAAAAUAAAAUUAACAAAUAGAAGGAAUUUACUGUAAUUUUUGCUACACCAGUUUCAAAGUAGGGAAAGAGGUAUUUGUACAUUCAAAAAAUAAGCACAUUGAUUUUAAACGAAGUAUUUGUCUUUUUUGAUAGGCUUAUAGAUGUAAAUUCUCAAAAGUAUGCAAUAUAUUCAAGCACAUGUACACUGAUUAAAUGUUAAACAUGAAAGCAUGUACUCAGAAAUACAGUAAACUAUAAUAUGUGUACCAUAAUUUGUAUCUAUGUGACAAAAAUACUUAACUCUUCUGUUAUCUGCAAGAUUUUUCCAAUGCAGUUUUUUUUUCUUAAAUAAAGAAGGCAAAGGAAUGUGA